AUGUCUCCUCUGUCGCCUGAAGACUUAUCGGCCUUAUCGCCAGAAUACCUUGAUGAGACGAACAAUCCCGAGAGGCUGGAAGGUGUUUCUAUCUUAUUUAUAACCCUCUCAACUAUUGUGUUCUCUCUUUUUGUCGUAUCACGAGCGUUUUGUGCCCCCCGCAACACAUGGGAAACAUGGGCAUUGUACCCCGUAGCUUAUAUAGCGACACUUUCGAACUGUAUCAUCUGCCUUUUACUCGAACUCAUCACCGGCACCGGUCGGCGCACGGCCUAUCUACUACUCUUCGCGCCUGACAAAUUGACUUUAUAUGAAAAGCUCCGAACAGCAGUCGAGUUCACGUACGUAUUAGGAACGACGCUACCCAAAAUUGCGAUCCUAUCAUCAUAUAUACGGCUAUUUUCAGAUCGUAAGGUCAAAUUGCUGUCUUGGAUCACUAUCGCAGUCAUCAUUCUGCAAAUUCUCGUUUUCGGUUUCAUCGUCUACUUCACGAUUUGCCGGCCCUUCUCUUAUCAAUGGGACCACAUCCCCAACAUACUGACAGACCUGGCUAUUAUUGGGCUUCCCCUGCCUACCCUAUUUCGCUUGCAGAUGGGAAAGGCCGAGAAAAUUGGUGUUGUCGUCACAUUCCUAACAGGAGGCUUGGGACUUAUCACCGCCAUCAUCCGUUUUGUGGAAUUCUACACGGCAGAUCUAGCCUCAGACCGUGUCUUCUAUAGCGUUGAUACUUUCUUAUGGACUGUCAUUGAACAAGGCGCCUAUUUCAUUUGUUCCUGCUUUCCGGGUACACGGGCUCUAGUGAUCACGGUACACGGGAAGCUGAGGCGUGGAAUUACCCGGCCAAGUCAAGCAAAAUCCGAAGUGAAUAGCAAUCACGGUUCCCAUAAGCCCAAUGUCUCUCAAGAAACAGUAUCGAUCUCUUCAGCGACCUGA